CCAUGUCACCAUGUGUAGCUUCAAGUACAUUAAAGAGGUUUUCCUUGCUGCUUUUUGGAAUAUUGCACGACUCAACCUGCAGAAAUAAGGAUUAGGACUUCAGCACAAGAAUGUCUCAAAUCAUACAUAACCUUUUGGAAAUAUAUUAAACAUGUGGAACUGCCCAGAAUUUCUACAGUACGUCUUGGCUAGAAAAGAAGCAAGAACAUCAAUAGUCAUGGCACGAUUCAGAUAAGAAUGAAUCUCUCUGUACCUUCUACCCUUUUGUACUAGCUGCUCUUCCUAUUUUACCAUAUGUGUAAAUACCCUCUCUUGCCACAAUGACUAUAACAUGAUUAACGUUUCUGAUAUUCUCACUGAAGUAUAUUUUAGACUAUAAAUGAAGAACACAUUCCCCAAACCAUUAAGUGUUCGAAAAACCAUUUUCUAAUCGUUCUCGUCUUUACGUAAAGAACUUGUGGUCAUCUCAAGGUAAUAUUCUUCUUCAAUAUGAUACAAGAGCAGAUUGUUGUCCUCAUAGCUAAUAUGUUGUCCUCUUUCGAGUAUUUCCAUUUAAUCUAUCUGAUGAAAUAAGAAAUAUGGCUGUCUAGGUAGUCUAAAAUUUGUAAUGGGAUUAUGCUUCUGCACAAUCUAGUUGGUCAUUUAGUUCGUUCAUUUGUUUUAUGCUUUCAUAAGAUGAUAUAGUUCUAUUCACUUAAGCGCAUAAUCUGUGUUGCGACUUUGUCAAUUUAUUCUACACAAUUUAGGAAGCAGCAGUCAAUGGCGUCUAAAGGGACGUUGUCAAAUUUGCCACCACCUCCCCAAGAAAUCCCCCCAAAUGUGGUUCCCAUGCAAGUUGAACCAGGGAAAGGUUGCGGAUCACUUAGCGAGAGAUUAAGGCCAAAUUUUAACCAGAUGAAUGGACCUCGUCCAGGGGUCAAGGGAAAGAAGAUACAUCUGCUGACAAAUCAUUUUAGAGUAUGCUUUCAAGGUGGCACAAGCCACCUACAUUCAUACAGUGUUAAUGUCCACUAUGAAAAUGGGGACCCUGUCACCCGAAGGAAUUUGAUUAGAAAAGUGAUUCAAAAACUCUGGGAGAUAUACAGCUUAGAGUUAGGAGAGCAAGCAUUUGCUACUGACGGGCAACAGAGCCUUUUCACCGCCUGUCCUCUACCAAAGAAGAAGCUAGAGUUCACAGUUGUGCUUGAUGUUGCAACAUCGAAAAGUAAGACAGAUAGCAGCCUUAGUGGCAAUGGAGACUUCAGCGAGGGUGAUCAAAAGAGGCAGAAGAUCAUAUCCGGAUUCAAGACUUUCAAAGUACAGAUAACCUUUGUUUCCGUCAUCCCCUUUCAGUCCAUGCUUGAUGCACCAAAUGGAGUAAAAUCAGGAAAUAAUGAAGUUCUGAGAGCAUUAGACACCAUUUUGCAACAUUCUAAUGCAAAGAGAAAUUGCCUUUUGCUUCGCCAAUCGUACUUCUCCAACGAGAUAAGGAACUUCAUGGACUUGACUGGUGGUAUCCUUGGAUGCCGAGGUUUCCACUCGAGUUUCCAAUCUGUUCAAGGUGGAUUAUUUUUUAAUCUUGAUGUAUCUACUACAACAAUUAUACAACUAGGUCCACUUGUUAACUUUCUAAUGGCCAACCAAAAUGUGGAUAAUCCCUUCAAAAUCGACUGGACUAAGGCAACGGGAAUCUUAAAAAAUCUCAGAAUUAAGCUAGCACACUCCAAUAGAGAACACAAAGUCACUGGACUUAGUGACAGGCUUUGCAAAGAGUUGAAGUUUCUUCUGAGACUGAAGGGAUCCCAUGAUCAAAAUGACAAUGUCCAGACUGUUGAGGUGACAGUUUAUGAUUAUUUUAUUAGGAGACGUGGAAUAGAGCUCAGUUAUUCAUCAAACUUGCCAUGCAUCAACGUGGGGAGUCAGCAUCGUCCCCAGUUCAUUCCUAUUGAGCUCUGCUCUUUGGUAUCCUUACAACGAUACAAAGAGGAAUUAUCCAUACACCAACGAUCCUUGCUACUGAAGAAGUUGCGCCAAAAACCGAUGGAAAUCAUCAACGAUCUUAAUGAGUUGAGGGUGGGAAACAAGGUAGAUCUUGUUCCUAAAAGGUCUCGCUGGAAUUUUAAUGACAAGAAGUUUGCAGAGCCAAAAGGCAUUGAAUUCUGGGUUGUGGUUAACUUCUCUACUGGCUUUGACAUUCGUUCUUCAUACACCGAGCUGGCAAAAUUGGGUGCAAUGGAGGGAAUGCACAUUCGUCCCCCAGCAUUUGUUUUUGAAGAGAAUCCUAAGCAUAAAAAGAAACCGGGCUCUGUUCGAGUGGACCUGAUGUUUGAACAAAUAAUUUCAAAAUUUCGCAAGGAUCCUCCUCGAUUCAUUCUCUACUUUCUUCCUACGAAGUUUUCUUGUUUAUAUGGUCCGUGGAAGAAAAAGUGCCUUAUGGACUUUGGAAUACGUAACCAAUGCAUUGCAAUGAACAGAGUUGACGAAGCUUAUCUUGCUAAUGUUAUCUUAAAAAUGAAUGCAAGACUUGGUGGUAUAAAUUUUAUGCUAUCAGCUGAAGUUUCACAGACCAUACCCUUGGUUUCUAAAGUUCCUACAUUGAUCUUAGGCAUGGAUGUUAGACAUGCUGCUUCUGCACGGUCAGAUUUACCCUCCGUUGCUGCAGUGGUUGGUUCUAGACAGUGGCCAAUGAUUUCUUGUUAUGCAGCAUCUAUUCGUGUCCAACCUCCUAAGACUGAAACUAUACAUUCACUCUUUAAACCAAUUUCAGAAGGGGAGGAUACAGGCAUAAUCAGGGAGCUGCUGAUGGAUUUUUAUGCAAGCUCAGGGAAGAGGAAGCCCGCUCAGAUUAUUAUAUUCAGGCAAGGUUUAUGUGAAAGUCAAUUCAAGCAAAUUAUUAACGAAGUGGAGGAAAUUAUUAAGGCCUGUAAGUUCCUGGAUGAGACUUGGUCUCCUAAGUUCACUCUAAUUAUUGCACAAAGAAGACACCACACAAAGUUGUUCCAACCUGAUUCCAGUGAAAAUAUUCCUCCUGGCACAGUCGUCGAUACUAAAAUUUGUCACCCGCUGUAUAACAACAACUUCUACAUGUGUGCACAUGCAGCAAGAGUUGGGACUAGCAGGCCUAGUCACUACUUUGUUUUGCUGGAUGAGAUUGGCUUCUCGUCGGAUGAUGCACAAGAACUAGUCCAUUGUUUAUGCUACGUGUCUCAGAGAUGCACCAGUGCUAUAUAUGAAGUGGCUCCGAUUCGUUAUGCUCGUUUGGCUGCGGCUCAGAUGUUAGAAAUUGUGAAGUCUGAGGGGCCUCAACUGCCGAAGUUGCACAAAAAUAUCAGGGACACAAUGUUCUUCUGCUGAUCUGUUGUACCACAAUCUGUUAAAAUGUGCAGAUUCUUUGUGUUAAAGGCAUUGGGAAUUUGGGAUUACAAUAGAAAUCUUUCUCUGAACAAAUUAAACCUCAGAUUGGGUUUAUUGCUAUAUCAGUAUAGACAGUAGGACAACUUUAUAUUUACUGCA